AUGCCUGCUCCACACCCACAACCAAGAUCCUGGUCGACGACCAUGAUAACCAUUGGAAUCCUUUCCGCAAUCAUCAUCUUCACCUUCGUUGCAUUCUUCGUCUAUCUGCGACGUAGAAAGCCAAACAAACCAUCAAAUAACAUCUCGGAUCCCGAAGCAAGGCGGUUGAGCCAGGUGACGGGAGAAAGUGAACGUUCAAACUCUCAAGCUGAAACAAACACUAAUAGGACUCAAAUCGGAUUCAAGAUCGUAGGAAGACUGCCGCGCCUGGAGACUAUCAAUACCCCCGUCAGAUCGGUACAUCCUUCAGUCCAUAACGCCAGUCCGGCCCGAUCCAAUUUCGAACCUCCGUUACCAACCAUGGGUAGGCGCAGGUCGGAUCCCGAAGAGAGGAUCAACACCCAAGUGGCAAUAGAAGGUCGAAGAUCCCAUUUCUUCGAGAGAGAUCGACAGCGGAGGAAACACUUCGUAGGACAAUCUUUAGAUUCCAGAAUCAAUCAAAACCCAUCUCUGGAGCCGCCGACAAUUAUCGAGCUACCCCGAGCCUCGCUGGAAAGCAAUGAGCCGACGGAUAAGAACAGUCAUAGCCUCUACUCCCCUUUCAACGAACAGGGAGGCUCGAUGAGAUCACUUUUAGAAAUGUCUCCCAGCAAAUAUGACAUAUUUCCGCCUUCGGCCGAUUCACCAACGGGUUUCAACCUUCCCACGCCGAAUAACCCUAGUCAACCCCAACCCAUCGACAGAUCACCCGAUUUCCGAAUUACACCUGCUUCUAUAGUUGAGACCACCGAGAAAACACCACCGGCUAGAAUUCUAAGAAAAAAACUUCUGAACUUAAUAUCCACUCAGCCAAGACCCGGUCUGGGGAAUGAAUCGGAGGAUAAGUACUACUGGGAAAUGAUGCAAGUGGAAACCAAUGAAACCUGGUGGCAGCUUCCGUUCCCUCCUCAACUGUCGCCAAUUAAGCCAGAAUUUGAACUUUCCGACCUCGACUUCCAACCUCAGCCGGAGUCGCCGGGGCCUUUAAGCCAUACUGGAAACGGAAUAUACAAUUCUCAUCCGCAAGGCAUCGAAUUGGCUUCCCUGGGAACCACAUGA